CUGCUGGUUUGACCAGCAAGGAGGAGAGACUGAAAAGCAACAGCAGACGGGAAAAAGAGAAGAACCAGCGAGACAUAAUAGGGAGUAAGGCAUCAGGAGGAGGAAAGCAUUUAGGCACUGCAUGUGUUGUUUCGAACUGUGAAGUAGGAGGAGAAGCGCAGCAGGCGGGAGGAGGAGGAAGGGGUACUUCCUCUUUAGUCUGAGUAGAGCUGCUGAGGUAUCCCAGCAGCCCCAGCCUGUGGCGACAGGAAACCUUCGUAUAAAAAGCUGCAUCGCAGGGGGAACCCUCCUGAGUACCUCUUAGACCCAGCAUGACCAGGACCAAGAGCCUGAGAGUGUGGACCUAACAAAACAAUGCCCAGCAUAAAAGCCAAACCACCCAGCACUCAUCACUUCAUCAUGGACCGAGAUGACAGGAACAGAAACAACACACUUGGAAAGAACUUUAUGUGUCGACUCCAGUGCAUGUUCUCACAGACGCCUCAAUGCUCAGAGAGCGGGCUAAGUUUAGAAGACACCCAACAAUGGUCACAGUCUCUGGAAAGACUUCUUGAAUCUAAAUAUGGACUGGCCACCUUUCGUAACUUCCUCAAAUCAGAAUAUAGUGAUGAGAAUAUUGAAUUUUGGCUCACUUGUGAGGACUACAAGAAGAUUAAGUCUUCAUUUAAAUUGUCCUCGAGAGCUAAGAAAAUUUAUGAGCAGUUCAUCAAAGCAGAAUCACCUAAAGAGAUUAACAUUGACUAUCACACUCGAGAGCAGAUCAAAAGAAACGUCAAGACUCCCACCAUGCACUGCUUUGACGAAGCUCAGAAGAUAGUUUACGGGCUGAUGGAAAGAGACUCAUACCCGCGGUUCCUCCGCUCGGACAUUUAUAGAACACUCCUGGAAAGCCUCGCUGCUGACGCCACAACGGGAUGAAAGCACGGUCAGGAGGAGAGAGGAAGGAGAAGAAAACCCAUAACUGGAAUCUUUGAAGCUCCUUCAGGCGGAGGAACUGACAACGAAAAGGAAGGAGGGUCAUCCAGUGUGGCUCUAGGACACAAUCAGCAGCCCACGCACAUCGGCGAUGCCACUCCUGUUCUACACUAAUAAAGGAGCGGAUCCCUGCAUUUAGCACCACACACCUGAAGACUUUUUCUGAAGCAAAUUUUCCCAAUAAUGACCUUGUUGUCACAGGAUGAAGACUGUGCAGGACAACUAAACGCCUUUCACGGUGAACGAAUUAGUAAGGUGACGGACUUCUGCAACAACAGUAAAGCUGCAACAUAUGCAAAGAAUGCACUAGUUGCCUUCUGGCCUUCUUUGGAGAGGUGUUUCCUGUUCAGAUAGAAGAUAAAAGAUACAACAGUCACAACUGCUUAACUCCCACUCUCUCAUUUGUGUGUUAGAGAGGAAAAAGAAGAGACACAAAGUGAAAUAAAAAAAGUAGAAUUUUAUGAUGACGCUUAAAUACCAUUUACUCAGAAUAAGCUGUAGCCAAAGAGCUGGUCAAUAAAUCAAAGCACUAAGAGAGACAAAAAAUCCAUCACUGGCUGAGGAUUUAAUAAUAAUCUGUCCUUUUUGAGGGAGAACUAUUUUAAAGCAUCUUUAUUUCUUUGAUCUAAAUUGGGUUAGAAAUGCAUGUAUAUUUUUUAUUCAAAGGUGGCCCAUAGAGAAGUUUUUUUUCUUUCUUUUUUUCCCCCUUUUCUUUUAACUUCUUUAGCAUUGAUUAUUGUCAGAAUACCUUUUACAAGUAUUGUAUUUAAACUGAUAUGUACAAAGAAAACAUCAUGCACAUUUUCUAAACUUCUUUGUGGAAUCUUGACAAAUAGUUGCACUAUUGAAACCAAGAACUUCCCAUUUUGAGACAGCCUACGUCAAAUUUAAUUCGUCACUUGGUCAAUGGCUUGCCAAAACUCAAACCGACAUCUUACAGCAAUGAAGCAUAAUGAGUUUUGCAUUUGAUAAUAAUAGAAAUAGGACUACUAUUACACAGCAUGAAAAUGUGGUUAAACCUAUAUAUUCUGGGACUGGGCCUUAAUACUGAUUGUCAAAGCAUGAAUAAAAGUGAAUAAAUGCUUGUUAGGAGUUUAAUAGUUAAAUUAACUUAAAAUUUGAACAUUGUAUUAUUUAUUGCUUACAGUUCUGUCACAACCUGAGUGCAAAGUUUGUUGUAGAGUUGAAGUGCUUCUUUAACUGCUGGUGGAUUUAAAUAUUAAAUUAUUUGAACCGCUUCAAAAAA